AUUCAUCAAAUACUUUAGCAGCAUCGUUUACAGCAAGUGUUCAUCCCGCGAUUAGCUUGAAUCACACUGACCUUCACGAUUCCCCUUGGUGUGCCGGUGAACACCCGGCGCACCAUCUGGAUCCGCCCCUGAGACCCUGAUAAGACUAUUCAUAUUAGUUUAUUAGAUAGAUUAAAUUGUCGGGGCCUUGCAGUUCUGCGCCGUCCCCAACAAUCAAUUUAGUGAUGCCGAUUAAUUGUGCAGGAAAAAAAAACGAACACUUGCUGUAAUAGUUUUCACUAUCAUGCUCAACAAGCUGUAAAAAAUGGCCUGGCGUAACAAAAACUCUAGCUUAAGAUGAAGACUGAAAUCCACUGGGCACUAUGCCUUUUAGGGAAAUGUUUAUGGGUUGUAGCGGAUGCCCUCGUUAUAUUAAACUGGAUUAUAUUCCUGUCUAGUGGAAUAAAAAUAAUGGUAUUGUUUAAGAAAUGCUAUAUCCAGGCUCAUUGUGUGCCUCGUAUGUGUAUUCAAAAAGGAUGUAUGAGAGGUUCAUUGUUUUUAAUUUUGUAGCUUAGCAUACUUUUGCUGGGAUCUUUCUUGAAGCAAAUGAAGCUACCCGAAUCGACAAACUGAUGUUCACUGGAUUAUACUGAGAAUCGACGUUCUGCUCGCUGUAUCUUUUCGGAAACACCGGCCAUCUGUAGCUCCUAGCUUAAAAAGAUGGGGAACGAGAUAUGGCUAGCCAUGAUGAGUAUGCAGUUGCUCUUUCGUGAUUAGAACUAGCCCUGAAAUCAGUAGAUCAAAGUUACCGAUGGAGCGUGCUAAUUGCGAUGAGCCACAUGAGCAUGUUGUAAAUGUAGCACAUGGGGAAACUGCAUCCACAUCAACCAGUCAUCAGGAUAUGCACAGUGAUACGGAUGAGCAACAUCAGGAAGAUAGGGCUUCAACAAGCACGCGAACCCCAUCGCCACAGUCUUCUGCAUCGACGUCACCGACUGCUUAUGACUCCAGAAAUUUAUCGUUUCCUAGAAGAGAUAGUUUCUACGGUCGUGGAAGAAGUCUUUGGAAUUCCGGUCUAUGGAUCUCGUUUGAACUUGUCAUGUAUGUAGCACAGAUUACAGCUGCUAUUGUCAUCCUCCUACUUUCAAGAGAUGAACUUCCACAUGCCCCUUUAGUUGCAUGGAUAAUUGGUUAUACAGUUGGCUGCGCUGCAAGUCUCCCACUUAUUUAUUGGCGCUAUGUCCAUCGAAACAGACUUUCGGAGGAUGAACCUGAACAGCCACCUACAACUUAUCCUACUUUGACUUCCUCUCAGUCAUCAGAAGGACGCAAUCAGCGUACCAGUGGUACUGUCUUGCAUCUUGGGUGUAUCACGAUUUCCUGUCCAAGGCCUAGCAUACUGGCUUAUCAUUCGAAAACAGCUGUCGACUGUUUCUUUGCUGUAUGGUUUGUUGUUGGCAAUGUGUGGAUUUUUGGUGGGCGUGGCACUUCAUCAGAUGCUCAGGACGCUCCAAAUAUGUAUAGGCUUUGUUUAGCAUUCCUUGCACUUAGUUGUGUUGGUUAUGCCGUUCCGUUCAUCAUGUGUGCAGCAAUAUGCUGCUGCUUUCCAUGCUUAAUUUCUGUUUUGCGCCUCCAAGAGGACUUGGGUCAAAGUAGAGGAGCUACUCAAGAGCUAAUCGAUGCAUUGCCAACCUACAAAUUCAAACCAAAACGAAACAAAAACUGGGUGCCUGAUCAUGCUUCAAGCUCAGAGAAUCCUAGUGAGGGUGGCAUCCUCGGCCCAGGAACUAAAAAGGAAAGGAUUGUUUCGGCUGAAGAUGCUGUGUGCUGCAUCUGCCUUACUAAGUAUGGAGAUGACGAUGAGCUUCGCGAGCUUCCUUGCAACCACUUGUUUCACGUACAAUGUGUCGAUAAAUGGCUGAAGAUAAAUGCAGUAUGCCCUCUCUGCAAGACAGAGAUUGGAGGCGUGGUUCGGUCGUUCUUUGGGUUGCCCUUUGGCCGCCGCCGUGUUGAUAGGAUGGCAGGAAGAGGUGUAGCUAGCUCAAGAUUUAGUGUAUAGGACACUUCCUUUUGCUGCGUUAUUCUUGGCUCACCAAAGUGAUGACAGCCAAUGGAGAUCUGGUGCUUGCAAUGGGAAGUUUGUGAUGUACAGGUGGAGAUGAUAGUGUAUUCUGAUGUAUCAUUUGACAACGAGCUUGUAAAUAAAGGAAUGAAGUUCACUUCAGAGCAUAGGGAAGGAUGUAUUGUGUACUAUGGUUGAUCUUAUUUUACUUCAUGUACUGUGA